AUGGAGGAAGUGUUUGCGAGCGGCCGAUAUUCGCGAAGGAGCUCGAAUGUUGAUGAAGAUGAAGAGGCUCUCAAAUGGGCUGCCAUAGAGAAAUUGCCAACCUAUGAUAGGCUUAGAACAAGUAUCAUCCAAACUGCUUUGGAAGGGAAUGAUGAUGCCAAAAUGGGGCACAAGGAAGUUGAUGUUCGGAAGCUUGAUAUCAAUGAGAGGCAACAAAUCAUUGACAAGAUUUUCAAGGUUGCUGAAGAAGAUAAUGAGAAGUUCUUAACAAAGUUCAGAAACAGAAUUCAAAAGGUUGGAAUCAGACUUCCAACAGUGGAAGUGAGGUUUCAGAAUUUGACAAUUGAGGCUGAUUGCUAUGUUGGAAGCAGAGCCCUCCCAACACUACCAAAUGUUGCAUUGAACAUUUUGGAAUCUGGCCUAAGUUUAUGUGGGAUUAGAACCACGAAGAGAACAAAGCUCACUAUUCUUAAGAAUGCUUCUGGUAUUAUUAAACCUUCUAGGAUGGCCCUUUUGCUUGGUCCCCCUUCUUCAGGGAAAACGACUCUGUUACUUGCAUUGGCCGGAAAAUUGGACCCUCACCUCAGGGUAGAAGGUGAAAUCAGUUACAAUGGACACAAGCUUAAUGAGUUUGUUCCUAGAAAGACUUCAGCAUACAUUAGCCAAAAUGAUGUGCAUGUGGGUGAAAUGACCGUUAAAGAAACCUUGGACUUCUCAGCUAGAUGCCAAGGGGUUGGAACUCGUUAUGACUUGUUAUCCGAGCUUGCUCGAAGGGAAAAGGAAGCUGGCAUAUUUCCAGAGGCAGAAAUUGACCUUUUCAUGAAGGCUACGGCAUUAGAAGGAACAGAAAGCAGUCUCAUUACUGAUUACACUCUCAAAAUAUUAGGGCUUGAUAUUUGUAAAGAUACUAUUGUGGGUGAUGAAAUGCAGAGAGGUGUUUCCGGUGGCCAAAAAAAGCGUGUAACAACAGGAGAAAUGAUCGUUGGGCCCACAAAAACACUAUUCAUGGAUGAAAUAUCAACAGGUCUUGAUAGUUCAACAACAUAUCAGAUAGUAAAAUGUUUGCAGCAGAUUGUACACAUAACUGAAGCAACCAUAUUCAUGUCUCUCUUACAACCUGCUCCUGAGACAUUCGAUCUCUUCGACGAUAUCUUCUUAAUAUCAGAGGGUCAAAUUGUUUAUCAGGGCCCACGUGAGCAUGUAGUUGACUUCUUUGAAUCUUGUGGAUUCAAAUGUCCUGACAGAAAAGGAACUGCCGAUUUCUUACAAGAGGUGACAUCAAGGAAGGACCAAGAACAAUACUGGGCAGACAGAAGCAAACCAUAUAGAUACGUCACAGUCAGCGAGUUUGCAAACAAAUUCAACAACUUCCACGUCGGCAUGCAACUGCAGAGUGAGCUCUCUGUUCCGUACGACAAAUCAAAGGGACACAGAGCAGCUCUUGUUUUCAAGAAAUACUCUGUUCCAGCAAUGAAACUGCUCAAAGCUUGUUGGGACAAGGAGUGCCUUCUCAUCAAGAGGAACUCCUUCGUUUACGUCUUCAAGACCACGCAGAUUGUCAUCGUUGCUGUCAUCUCCGCAACUCUCUUCUUGAAGACCACAAUGCACCGAAGGAAUGUGGACGAUGCUGUUCUUUACAUUGGUGGAAUCUUGUUCACCAUGACCAUGAACAUGUUCAAUGGCUUUGCUGAGCUUUCACUCACCAUUAAGAGGCAACCUGUGUUCUAUAAGCACAGAGAUCAUCUUUUCCAUCCUGCAUGGACUUACACUCUCCCUAACUUCCUCUUAGGGAUCCCCAUUUCUCUCUUUGAAUCUGUUGUUUGGGUUCUUAUUACUUACUACACUAUUGGUUUUGCACCAGAAGCUACUAGGUUCUUCAAGCACUUGUUGUUGGUAUUUCUAGUCCAACAAAUGGCAGCUGGAAUGUUUAGAGUAAUUUCUGGAGUUUGUAGAACAAUGAUUAUUGCCAACACUGGUGGAGCCCUCAUGCUGCUUCUUGUAUUUUUACUUGGUGGUUUCCUCAUCCCAAAACGUGACAUUCCAAAAUGGUGGAUAUGGGGCUACUGGAUUUCUCCACUGACAUAUGCUUUCAAUGCAUUUUCUGUGAAUGAAAUGCUUGCUCCAAGGUGGAAUCAUCCGUCCUCAGAUGGUUCUCCCACAUUGGGUGCAAAAACAUUAGAUACAUUUGGUGUUCCAGAUGAGAAAAGAUGGUAUUGGAUAGGUGCAGGGGCUCUUAUUGGUUUUGUAAUUUUCUACAACAUUCUCUUCACUAUUUCACUGAUGUAUCUGAAUCCUAUUGGAAACAAACAAGCAACUAUAUCUGAAGAAGAAGCAAGUGAAAUGGGGGUUGGAGGGGACUCCAAGGAAGAACCAAGACUCGCAAGGCCUGAGGCCAACAAAGAGUUUUCACUUCAACCAUUGUUUGUUGCUGAUGGAAAUAACACAAGAGAAGUGGCAAUGCAAAGAAUGAGAAGCCAAAGUGAUCCUGGUGGAUUGAAAAAGGUUGAUUCAUCAUCAGUUGAGUUAGCAACUGGAGUUGCUGCAAAAAGAGGAAUGGUUUUACCUUUUCAGCCACUUGCUAUGUCUUUUGAUAGUGUUAACUAUUAUGUAGACAUGCCUGCUGAAAUGAAAGAUCAAGGAGUGACAGACGAUAGGCUACAACUGCUUAGGGAGGUAACCGGUGCCUUUAGGCCUGGAGUUCUAACUGCUCUUAUGGGAGUUAGUGGAGCUGGAAAGACAACUUUGAUGGAUGUCUUAGCUGGAAGAAAGACAGGUGGAUACAUUGAAGGAGAUGUCCGAAUCUCUGGAUUCCCUAAGAAUCAAGAAACCUUUGCAAGAAUUUCAGGGUACUGUGAACAAACUGAUAUCCAUUCACCCCAAGUUACAGUCAGAGAGUCUUUGAUUUUCUCAGCCUUCCUUCGGUUACCUAAAGAAGUUAGCAACCAAGAAAAGAUAAAAUUUGUGGAUGAAGUAAUGGAUUUGGUGGAGUUGAAUAAUCUCAAGGAUGCAAUGGUUGGGCUUCCAGGAGUUACAGGGUUAUCAACAGAACAGAGAAAGAGGCUAACAAUAGCAGUUGAGCUUGUUGCUAAUCCUUCAAUCAUUUUCAUGGAUGAGCCUACAUCAGGUCUUGAUGCAAGAGCAGCAGCCAUUGUUAUGAGAACUGUGAGAAACACUGUUGACACUGGAAGAACAGUAGUUUGCACAAUUCACCAGCCUAGCAUUGAUAUCUUUGAAGCCUUUGAUGAGUUGCUAUUGAUGAAGAGGGGAGGACAAGUGAUCUAUGCAGGACCAUUAGGAAGAAAUUCCCACAAGAUUAUUGAAUAUUUUGAGGCAAUUGAAGGGGUCCCAAAAAUUAAGGAUAAGUAUAACCCAGCAACAUGGAUGCUAGAAGUAAGUUCCAUAGCAGCUGAAGUUCGUCUCAGAGUGGACUUUGCUGAAUACUACAAAUCGUCAUCCUUGUAUCAGAGAAACAAAGCUCUUGUAAAGGAGCUAAGUACACCUCCUCCUGGAGCAAAAGAUUUAUAUUUCCCAACUCAGUAUUCUCAAUCCAUAUGGGGACAAUUUAAGUCCUGUCUAUGGAAGCAAUGGGUUACUUAUUGGAGGAGUCCAGAUUAUAACCUUGUCAGAUAUUUCUUCACCUUGCUUGCAGCUCUCAUGAUUGGAACAAUAUUUUGGAGAGUUGGAAAGAAAAGAGAGACCUCUGGUGACUUGACCAAGAUUAUUGGAGCAUUGUAUGGUGCUGUUAUUUUUGUUGGUAUCAACAACUGUCAAACUGUUCAACCUAUAGUAGCUAUUGAAAGAACAGUGUUCUACAGAGAAAAAGCGGCUGGAAUGUACUCAGCUUUACCUUAUGCUAUUGCACAGGUUUUUGCUGAAAUACCAUAUAUACUUUUUCAAACUAUAUACUACUCACUCAUAGUGUAUGCUAUGGUGAGCUUUGAAUGGAAAGUGGAAAAGUUCUUUUGGUUCUUCUUUGUCAGCUUCUUCACCUUGUUGUACUUCACAUACUAUGGCAUGAUGACUGUUUCCAUCACACCAAACCACCAAGUAGCAGCAGUAUUUGCAGCUGCUUUCUAUGGAGUCUUCAAUCUCUUCUCUGGCUUCUUCAUUCCAAGACCAAGAAUUCCUAAAUGGUGGAUUUGGUAUUAUUGGAUAUGUCCAGUGGCAUGGACAGUGUAUGGAUUAAUUGUGUCUCAAUAUAGAGAUGUAACAAAAGAAAUUCUUGUGCUUGGGACAAAUAAUCACACUGCUAUCAAAGACUAUAUUGAAGAUCAUUAUGGAUUUAAACCAGAUUUCAUGGGACCUGUUGCUGUUGUUUUGGUUGCAUUCACUCUCUUUUUUGCCUUUAUAUUUGCCUACUGCAUCAAAGCACUCAACUUCCAAACUAGAUAAGAGAAAAGGAUUGAUGGAACAAUCUAGAAUUCUUUUAAAUCAUUGGCUGAUUUCUAUAGUUUUUCUUGGCAGAAUCAAAAUGAAAAAUUAAAGCACAAUUCUUGCCAAUUUCACCAUAUGUACCUUGUGUAUAUGACAGUAUAUUUUUCUUUGCUAGCAAGUUUUCAGAGUUGUCAUCUUGUCUAGUGGUAUAAAUGUAAAUCAUGUGGACAUAUAUGUAAUUUUGUUGUAUUGGUUUGCUACACCUACAUAUAUAGAAAUAGAAUAAUAAAAUUAUGAUAAACAUGCUUAUCUUAUGUCAUAAUUGAUCUCGAGAUGAAAAAACUCUGGA